AUGGGGGAGCCAGAUCCGGUUAAGUUUAAGGACUGGAUAGCGUACAUGGAAAAGCUGUUGGAGAUCAUAAGUUGUCCUGAGCAUAUGAAGGUUAAGUUGGCUUCAUUCUACCUUGAAGGGCCAGCUGAGAUAUGGUGGAGGACUGUCAAGAAGAAUUUCCAGCAACCAGACUACACUUGUGAUAAAUUUCUGGAAACCAUUCGUCAAAGGUUUUAUCCCCCAGCUCUACAAGAGAAGAAAGAGAGUGAGUUUCUAUAUCUCCGGCAAGGAAAGAUGACUGUGGUGGAAUACGCUGCAAAAUUUAUGGAGUUGUCUCGUUUUGCUCCAGAACUAGUCAGCUCGGAGAAAUUUAAAACAUCUCGCUUUUUCGAAGGGUUGAAUUUUAAGUACCAGAAGAGGUGGGGUAUUACACCAACUAUCAAGAGUUAUAUGAUCGAGCCUUAG